AAAUUCACUCAAUUGGAGCCCUGAAACCAGCCAGUUUCCUGGAAAAGAUGGCAACCAUGGAAGAACUUGAGAAGCGCCUGGCAGCUUUGGAGAAGGCCAUGGAAGAAGAAGCGGCAGGUGCUCCACGCAAAGCUGGAAGCGAUGCACAGGUGAUGAAGAAGGUUGCAACACGACUCCAAGACUUCGAAUCGCAGAUCACAGCCCAACUCUCCAAUCUCCAAACGGACUUCGACAAGAAAUUGUCCCAUGUGAACCGCGGCGCUUCGUCUACGAAACCGGUAGACGGCGCUGGUGGGGCUGCUGGGCUCGACACCAUGGCUGAGGACUUGGAUCAAUUGAAGUACGACGUGGGCGAGUUGAAAGAUCUGUUGGGCAACAACAAGGGCGAAGUGAAUCAUAUUCGUCGCAUUGUCCUGGCUUGCGAGCGUGACAUGGAGGACUUUACGGCAGCCAUGGAUGCAGUGAAUGUUGACCUCGAUGAGAUGCGGGCGCGCGUGGAUGCCACCCACUCCAUCAUCACCAGUCGUCAGCGGGUGGAGGCCACAAUGACGGCGGAGAUUUCCACGAUGCGCUUGGACAUCGGUGACAUUCAAGAGGCCCUGAAGAACCACGACAGCUGGAUGGAGGAUGUGUCCAACACGUUGCAGCAGAUGCAAGAGAAGGAGGAGAACUUGACCGAAGACAUCAUCAACCUGAAGAAUGAGAUGAACACCAAGUUGGACACCAAAGUGGACAAUGUGGCAUGGAAGGAAGCCAACGACGACCUGGAUGCUGCCGUAAAGACGGUCCGCGACAUGGUGAGUUCCUUGCGCCUGGAUGUGGACGCACGACGCCGCAAGGUGGACGAGAUCCUUGCUACGGUGCGCCAUGACAUCACGGCAGUGGAGACCAAUCUGGAGGAGUCCAAGGCGAAGAUCACCAGCGACACGGACCAGGCGGUGAACGCCUUGAAUGGCCGCAUUGAUUUCACGAACAAGGACCUGGCAGCCACCCAGGAGUCCUUGCAUACCACUCAGAACUCCCUGAGCGAUUGCUUCAACGAAGUGGCCGUGGUCCGUAGCGACCUGGAGAGGAACGUGGCUGAUACUGAAGCACGCCUGAAGAACGACAUCCGCCAGAAACAGCAAGAGGCGUUCGAGAAGAUUGGAGCUGUGGAACAGCAGGCCGAGCUGCGCAGCGCAGAAGCCUCACGACGCCUUGGGGCCUUGGAUUUGCGCAUGAGUGGCGUUCAAGGAGGCUUGGGAGAACACAAGCGCGACAUCCUGAAAUUGCGCGAGG